UGUAAUGACCCUUGUCCUCUUGGAAAAAGAAAGAACAAGAUCGAAGGGCGGAAAUUUUGCUGCUACACUUGUGCUCCGUGUCCAGAAAAGAUGAUAUCCACACAGAUGGAUAUGGAGAAUUGUGGCAGUUGUUCAGAAGAUCAAUUUCCAAAUCAAGCUCACAAUAAGUGCAUUCCAAAGAGACUGAAUUACCUCUCCUUCAAAGAGCCACUAGGGAUUACUCUAGUGUCUCUGGCUCUUUUCCUUUCCUUCUGCACAGGUCUUGUACUUGCAAUUUUCAUUAAACAAUGGAACACUCCCAUUGUUAAAGACAACAAUCGCAAUCUCACCUAUAUUCUACUUAUCACUCUCUUUCUCUGCUUUCUUUGCUCACUUCUGUUCAUUGGGCAGACCAAUAGGGCAACUUGUUUCCUCCGACAAACAUCAUUUGGCAUCAUCUUCUCUAUUGCAAUCUCUUCUCUAUUUGCCAAAACUAUCACAGUUGUUGUAGCAUUCCUAGCAUCAAAGCCAGGAAACCUAUUCCACAAAUGGGUGGGACAAAGGUUGGCCUAUUCUAUUAUCUGCUUCUUCUCGUUCAUUCAAGUUGGUAUUUGUGCCAUCUGGCUGAGUACUUCUCCCCCAUUUCCAGAUUUGGACAUGGAGACACUCCUUGAAGAAAUCAUCGUAGAAUGUCAUGAAGGCUCCAUCACCAUGUUUUACUGUGUCUUAGGCUACAUGGGCCUCUUGGCUCUUCUCAGCUUCACUGUGGCUUUCCUAGCCAGGAGGUUACCAGACAGUUUCAACGAAGCCAAGUUCAUCACUUUCAGCAUGUUGGUUUUCUGCAGUGUUUGGUUGACCUUUGUCCCCACCUACCUGAGUACCAAAGGGAAGUACAUGGUGGCCGUGGAGAUUUUCUCUAUCCUGUCUUCUGGUGGUGGUUUACUGGGAUGUAUUUUCACCCCCAAAAUCUAUAUAAUUAUAUGGAGGCCUGAUCUCAACACUAGGGAGCAUUUAGUACAAAAGAAAUAAAAAAGGAAUAAAAUUUAAUUUUGAACAAGCAAAUACUAUUUGGAUUUUUCUCUUUCAAUAUAAAAUUUUUAUUGUUUUCCAAAAAAGAAAAAAACAUCACAAGUAUUACACAAUA